UUUUUACGUAUAGACUCGUCUAUGGAUAAUUCAGUUCUCGCGUUACUUGCGCCGAGAAACUAUGUCGAACGCAGCGGAGGUAUACUUGUCCACGCUCGACGACCAAACAUUACGCUACGUAAUCGACACCUUGAACGAAAGCGACGAAAAUCGCGAAAAAUGCUUGGAAGAAAUCAGAGCGUGGCUUCGGGGAGACGCGGCCUGGUUGAAUGCUCGCACGGAGACAAAACACAUCCUCCCAUUUUUGCGAGGAUGCAAGUUUAACAUUGAAAAAACCAAGACGAAAAUGACAAAUUACUACACGAUGCGUCGAGAUAGACCUGAAUGGUUUACGAACAGAAACCCCUUGCUUCCCGUACUACAAGAACUGAUAAGAUUGGGGAUUUUUGUUCCUCUAAAACAUCAUCACGAGAACCAAUCGGUGGUUCUGGUACGAACGGCAGCUCACGAUCCAAAAAAGCACCAAUGGAACGACAUUUUCAAAGCGGGAAUGAUGAUUUUAGAUGUCAUGUGUAUGGAGAACGAGAAAGCACAAAUCUACGGUGUGAUUGCCAUUUUUGACAUGACCGGUAUCGGCUUCGCUCACUACCGUACCAUGACUCCUUCCCUGAUGAAGAAUGCUGUUUUCUCUUGGCAGAACUACCACGUCAGGCCGAAGAAACUGGAGUUUGUUAAUUCACCGACCUACAUCAAUGUAGCGUUGAACAUAAUCAAAAGCUUUAUGACUGAGAAAAUGAGAGGAAGAGUGAAAGUGCAUUUUGGUGGAGUGUGCAAAGCGCAAGAAGUGGUGAACAGAGAUAUUUUGCCUCCGGAAUAUGGCGGAGAGGGUGAAAGUAUGGCCAAGUUAGGGGAGUUCUGGUUGGAUAAACUGGUUCAGUACAAAGCCUGGUUUGCGGAUGAUGAACGUUACAAGGCCGAGUGAUUUUUUUUUCUGGAAAUGUGUAUUUUAUUUGAAAAAAAGCUGUGAUAUGACCACUAUUGGCAAUUUUAGUAUUAUAAAUCUUAAUUCAGAACUUCGCAAUUAGUGGAAUAAAUUAGUGGUUUCAAUUACACUUUAUACAUUUUAGUUUACGAUCAUUUACAAAAUCAAAAAAAAACAAUUAAGGUUAAUAGAAUAUCCUAGUAACAGCUUGCGGUAGUCAGUUGUAUCCAUAGAGAAAGGUUAAUAUUUAGCUUAUAAAACAAUCAACUUUUGGUUUCUAACCACAAUUUUUCUUGACGAAUAAUAAAUCUAAGGCAAAAAUUACAUUUCUCCCAUUUUCAAGUGUAAUUAUUAGUGGAAAAGUUAAAAGUUUGUUAACUUUUUCUACUACUUGAAAAUGUUUACUACUAAUUUUGACGUUUGAAUGAAGCUUUAAGGACACUAAGUCGGCUACCAGAGGCUACUGUUAAAAUGAUAAUUAAAUAUUAACUUUGCAUAUUUUGCUUGGUUUUGGGUCAACAAUUUAAAUACCUACCUCAUAAAAUUUAUUGGCUAUAUUACAUUAAAUAUUUUUGUUUUUGACAGGAAAUUAGGUCUGCGUUAUAAUGAUUACUGUGAUGCAAUUGAUUUAAAAACAUUUUAAAUUUAAUAAUACUAAAAAUACUUUAGAAAUAACUAUUUUUUCUUAACUAUGCAUCAGUAAAAGAAAUAAUAUGUGGAUGUUCUAAAAUUCAACCACUAAUUUUUAUGAAGUAGGUUUAGUCAGGAGUAAGAAGAUAGCAUAAAGUUCAAAUUAAAAAUUGUAUGAAAAAUCAAAGAGACCUUAACUUGUGAUGCAAUGUAUUAUGUACUGCUGGUAAAUAUUAGAUUUUUAAAUGUAUAUACUGACGUAAAAUAAAUAAAGAGGUUUAAAUUGA